CGCUGGCCGUACUUCCCGUCGGGGAGAGAGUGUAAUAUGGCGAAGACCUACGAUUACCUGUUCAAGCUGCUGCUGAUCGGGGACUCGGGGGUGGGGAAGACCUGUGUCCUGUUCCGCUUCUCCGAGGACGCCUUCAACUCCACGUUCAUCUCCACCAUAGGAAUUGAUUUUAAAAUUAGGACCAUAGAGCUUGAUGGCAAGAGGAUUAAACUGCAGAUAUGGGACACAGCUGGCCAGGAGCGGUUUCGGACGAUCACCACAGCCUACUACAGGGGUGCCAUGGCUGGGAUAUCUCCGGUGUAUGCCGCCACACCUGGCCAAGCCUUCUGUCUUGUGGAGCCUGUGUUCCAACUCCUCGGGCAACUCAGGACCCAAACUGGCUUUAAAGAGGGUAUCAUGCUGGUCUACGACAUCACCAAUGAGAAGUCCUUCGACAACAUCCGGAAUUGGAUUCGGAACAUUGAAGAGCAUGCCUCUGCAGAUGUGGAGAAGAUGAUACUGGGAAAUAAGUGUGACGUGAAUGACAAGAGACAGGUGUCCAAGGAGCGGGGAGAAAAGCUGGCACUCGACUAUGGGAUCAAGUUCAUGGAGACCAGUGCGAAGGCCAACAUCAAUGUGGAGAAUGCAUUUUUCACUCUCGCCAGGGAUAUCAAAGCAAAAAUGGACAAAAAAUUGGAAGGGAACAGCCCGCAGGGAAGCAACCAUGGGGUCAAGAUCACAGUGGAGCAGCAGAAGAGGACCAGCUUCUUCCGGUGCAGCCUCCUGUGAGGAGAAGGCCGCCGCCGCCACCGCCCAUUCUGAGCCUGGCUCAGCCCAGCUGACUGUGCCUGCCCCGGGCGAGCCCCCACCUCCCUCCGCUGCUCGGAUAUGGCCGCCCGGACACAAUUGAGAAAAUGAUUAUUUUAGUAACCGUCUGAUCUUUUCCACCUUCAGAGAUGGAACGAGUUAGAAUUUUGCUGUUUUUCCUGUGUCAUCCGCCAGUCGGGCCUAUCCAUCCCUUGUGUAUUGCCACAGAUGGAGAGAGGUUGGGGGGGGCAUGGCAGCCACCACCUCCAGCCUCUGUCCCUGUCCCUCCACCACAGAAGUGAGGCCAGCGGUGGUGCCCAGCCUGCCUGACCCAUACCCCGAGCACCGCCACAAGGGCCACUGCAGGCCAAGCCUGACACCUGCCUUCGCCUGUUCUCAGUUUUGGACAAGUGACAAAGAACCAUGUCCCUGUCUUCUUACGUGUCAAACCAAAGGGAAGCACAAACUAAGGAAAAUCCAUGUAGAGGAGUUUGGAAGAAGUGGACGGCUCUCGUGGCCACAGCAAGAUGGGAGUCUGUGGUCCAGCACUGUACCCACAGCAGGUGACCCCAGCAUCACCACCACUCACCCACGACCACUGUCACUGGGCCACCUGCCUCAAUGGCACCAAAACCGCUCCCUGCUCUUCGCAUCCUCUGGCUGGCUCCAAUGGGACGUUCCUUUUCUAGCUGAGAUGAUUUUUUAUUUUUCCAGAUUCCUAACACCAUGAAAUGAUUCCGCCUUUGAUUUUCUAGCAGCAUACCCAGGCGAUCAGGAACCAGCGUGGCUGCCCUGGUCCUACAGGGCACCUGGUCCCUGAGACCCAGACAGGCAUUCCACGGCACAGUGCCACCCUGCAGUCUGGUGGGUUGUCGCUGUCUUCACCCAGUUGUGUUUUGACAGCUGUCCUCCCAGAGAGACUGGUUGGGACCAGAUGUCCUGGCGGGGGGGUGUGGCCUGGGCGCCCUUCCUUCUCACUCUAGCCCCUCCCCAAGCUGCUGUCAGCCCAGCUGUCAGCAUCAAAUCUCCCUUUUUUGAAAUUAAAACCGACGUACCAGCAAUA